AUAGCUCUAUGACAGGCAUGUAACGCCAGCUUUAUAUAACGCCGUCCCCCACGCUGCUGUUACAGCCAUUUCUGGCAAAUAGCACGCAGCUUUGACUUCUAAAAUGUUUUACAAAACGUAAUGUGCGAACCUGACUCUCGUUCUGUCCCCUAGGUCAUAUCGUGUCACCCGAGACGCAAGGAGCUACCUGAUUCGGUGUCUGCCUCUGUCAACCUGUAACUUAUUGCAAGCUGCUCCGUUAUUAGCAGUAUGGGAGCACUACUACGGCCUCGCUUCUCGUGCCUGAGAUCAGAAGUUAUUCUGACACUUGUCGUGCUCCUAUUGGCUUGUCUAGCUACCCGUGCCGUCGGCCAAUCGCAAGGGAGCGGCUUGAACUCCACUGACACUUCAGCAAACGCAAGCGGUGAUGCCUUUCCCCCUAGCAGUAACGAUACCGGGUUACUUAAUAACGAGACGCAGACGGUCGAUCCGUCAGGUGACGGAACUCUGCCGGAUUACACUGACGGAACCACAGAACCUGAUGGAAACCCGACGGACGAAUUUACCAGCGGCAAUGACCCGACGGACAAUUUUUCUGACGUGAGCGGAACGGACGCCGAGGAAUGGCUUAAGCGGGAUUGGCUCAACCAGGACGGAAAUUUCACGGAAGGCGACGGAUCGUCGCCUUUGGAUUCGUUGCCGGAUUACGCGGAGAUGAAUGGCGGGAAGAACGCUGAUUGGUUGGGACCUCCCGAUGACGAUUUCUACGAGGAGCAAGCGGAAUGGGCGGACAGUGAGCUGGAUACGCUGCUGACGCCGGUGGCUGCCUGCCAGCCGUCUAAGUUGACGGGAUUCAACAACUCCGUCGACCUUAACGGCAAGGGGCUCCUGCUGCAUUGGACGCACGUCUCCCCUCAGCUGAUGAACAUGGCAGUAGAGGCAAGGCCGGGCAGCGGAGCAGACACAGCAGGGUGGAUAGCAGUGGGAUGGUCCCUGGAAGGCCACAUGGUGCCUGCAGAUGCUAUUGUCGGGGGCGCUGCAAUACCCUCUUCAGCUCUGCAGGGUGGUUUACCCUCAGAAUCCGUGCUGCCGUUUUACAUCACGGGGUAUGAGGUGUCUAGCUUGGAGCGCACCAACGGGCUGAACUACGACGAGCGGGCGUGGAACUGGACUAAGGCGAAGGACGGGUCUGUGAUUAUGAGGUUCACCCGCCGGGAGGAGCUGGACGGGUUUAUGCCGAUUAAAGCGCUGGGCGUGAACCACAUGAUCUGGGCAUACGCUCAGAACGGAUCGCGGCAGCUGGCCUAUCAUGGAGGCAACAAGGGCGCUCUCCGCGUCGACUAUUCCUGUGCCACGCCUUCUGUAGCGCGCUACAGAUCUAAGCUGGCAUGCCAGCGGUCUACACUACCGGGCUACAGCUGCAUGCUACAGCUGCAGCGAGAGAAGUUCGUUCUGCACUGGCAUCGGCGCAACACCUCAAUCCUCCUCGCUGCUGACGUGGCAACCACUGGUUGGGUUGGCCUCGGCUGGUCCAAGGACGGGAAAAUGGCCGAGAGCGAGGCAGCCAUUGGGAACCUGCCACGUGGCAGCAUAGUGACAGGGGCGGCAGUGGGGUCGUACGGCAUCAAGGGAUAUGAGAAGGCUGACGUGGCACCCACUGGACAGUUUGAGGUGUUCAAUGAUGCGGUUGGGACGGCGUCGAAUGGCAGAACUGUGAUGAGGUUUGAACGUGGUGUGCUGCCCAACCAGAUGCCGUUCAGCGGCAACGAGGUGGCAACAAUCAUUUGGGCCUACUCCCAGGACAACUCCCAAGAGCUCGCAUUUCACGGAGACAACAUGGGGUCAGCCACUAUCGACUUUUCCACUGGACGCUCCGCCUCCCCCUCCUCCUCCUCCUCUGCUCUGGUCGCUCACGCUGUCUUCCUCUCCGUCGCCUUCUUCCUCCUCAUGCCCUCCGCAAUCAUCAUCGCUCGUCUCUUCCUCACCGCCCCCUCCUCUCUCUCCUCCAACCCUCUCCACCUCUCCGAUGCAAACAGCACAGAUUCCCAUCCCUCCUCCUCCUCGUUUUCCUCCUCUUCAGCAGCUCAAAUUGAUAACUCGAUAUUGGACGAUUCGCGUCGCAAGUUCUGGUUCGCAUGGCACAAGUACCUGCAAGUGGCUGCAAUCGUCUGCAUCUGCGCCGGCUGCAUCACGGCGUUUGUCACAUCUGGGUCCCACGGGUUCCAGUAUACCCACGCCUGGAUUGGCAUUUUCAUCCUCCUCCUCCUCGUUGCCCUCCAGCCUCUUCUCGUCUACUUUCGCCCGACCUCCCGCCCGUCUGCGUCAGAUUCUUCUGACUCUGCCGGCCAAUGGCAUCACACCAGCUGGACGCGUGGGAGGUGGCGUAUGCUGCAUUGGUUGGUGGGCGUGGUGGGCGUGGCUCUUGGCUGGAUCAACUGUUUCCUUGGGCUCGCCCUCUAUAGUAACAAGUUCGCUACUGGAGUUGUGGGAGGAUAUGCUGUGUUUGCUCUACUUGUUGCCGUCAUCGCAUCUAUUUAUGUCGCACUUGUCAUGAGAGAUGUGAAGAGGAAGAAAGCUGCUAGUGCCGCAGCAGCAGAGUCCAUUGGCUUUCAGAUGCAGUCCAGGGCAGUCGUGUGACUGACCUAGGGUGUGGUAUUGAGGCAGCCAAGGGCGUAAUCAUAGGCUGCCAUUGUCAUGCAUGGCGGUACUGUGCAAUUCCACUGGGAGAUCACACGGUUGAAUGCAGUUUAGCUUGGUGCUGAAGGAAUCGGACUGGAGGCAUGUCCUAUCAGAGGCUGGAGGAGCAUGACCUAACAAUACCCCUAGUGCUCCACAAGUUAAUGUGGGAUCUCCCAUCCAGCCUUGCGUACUCAUGUGUGCACGGUAGCUGCAGGAUUUUUAUCAAAUGCGGGUUAAGAAUCCGUAUGCUGCGUGAAAUGUUAGGUUGCUGAUGUGUUAUUUUUUGUGGGUUUGUAGCAUCACCUUGAGAGCGUUGGCUUGUUUUAUAUACAACUGGCAGGCUGUAUUUGUUUCUAAUAUGUAGUUAU